CCUGUGCUUUCCUGUUUUAUCUAUCUAGCUCCCCUUUAAGAACCUCCCUCCUUGUAAUUCAGUACGACACUCAAUAUAAAAUGAAGACUCAAAUCUACUUGCCUCGCUCAGAUCAUUUGCAUCAACCAACUAUUGAAGACCUAAUUUCUUUACUCAUUUCAAGAAGUGGUACAUGUUGCAGAACAAGAAGAGAAGAAUGUCUCAAAGUAGUCAACGGACUCCAGGAGAAAAAUACACCAUCGUCCUGUUGGGAAAGAAAGGAGCCCAGAAGAGGUGCAUAGGAAAUAGAAUCCUAGGCAAUGAGGUUUUUAAAAAUGACUUAAAGGAAUGUGAGAAACAAGUAAACAGAUCAACAGAUGUUGUUGUUAUCAACACUCCAGACUUAAUUAAUGAAGAAUUUCCUGUUGCAAACCUGCAAAUUGUUGACUGUAUGGCACAUUCACACCCAGGCCCUGAUUUAUUCCUGCUUGUGAUUGAGGAAGGGCGCGCCACACCAAAAGAGGUUAAACCUCAAGUCAAGCUGCUAAAGUACACCUUUGGUGAACACAUGACAGAAAACAUGUUAAUUGUGUUACCAGAUAGUCGUGAUCUCAAAGCUUUUGAAAAAGAAAGCGAACUAAAGUGCUGCACCAUCGAUGAUCUACUUGAUAACCUCACCAAGCUCAAGAAACAUCAUCAAUACCAGUACAACUACCAGGAUUUCAUGACUAAAAGACGAUCCUUCUUGGAGACUAAGAACAAGUCCCAAGACAAGACAGAGCGUCCUGAACAUGCUGACCAAAGGUUACUGGAGGACAAUCACAGCUCUAACCCUGAACAUAGCAGAAAUGGUCUAGGUCACAAUCAAGCGAACCCUCAAAGCGAACCCUGCAACGUUGUGAACAUCGUGCUACUGGGACAGACAGGCACUGGGAAGAGUGCUAGUGGUAACACAAUCCUGGGAAAAUACAUUUUUCAAUCCAAUCCAAGUUUUGUACCAGUUACUAGAAAGUGUCAGGUAGAGGAGAAGAAGAUGUUCGGGACAGAGGUUAGGGUCAUUGAUACCCCUGACUUCUAUGAUGAAGAUAUUGAUGAAUCAAUUAGGAAGGAACAGAUUAACUUCUGCAAAUACCUCUGUCCAGCAGUGUCUAGUGUGUACUUACUGGUGACUCAGGUUGGUCGAUUCACAGACGGUGAAAGACAGAUAUUAUAUAAUUUAGAAAAUAGUUUUGGCAGAGACAUCCUAGAGAAAAUGAUCGUUCUCUUUACUCAUGGAGAGGACCUGAAAAGUAAGAAUAUAGGAACAUUCCUUGAAAAGGCAGACCCUGAUCUUAAAAAGCUAUUUAGAGUAUGUGGUAAGAGGUAUCAUGUGUUCAGUAACUCUAUCAAAGACCGUCAACAGGAAGUGGAGCUGUGGAAGAUUAUUUCCACAUUACCAGGCCAUGAUAAAAUGUUCCCUACUUUGCAGAAGUCAGAACUGACAGCCACAGAUUCACAGGAGAGAGACAAAAAGAAUACUCAAUCAGGUAGAUGCUCACCAAGUUAAGUUAUGAUCAUGUAGAGUGUCACCAAUGACUUCAUAUGAACAAUGGAUGGAAAAUGUUGUACAUUCAUGAUGGAUUUAUUGUCUUUAUAAAAAUUAAGCUACAGUAUAUAAUUUUCCAGUUUUAUGAAUAACAGUGCAUUUGUUCUAGAUUCAUAUUUUGCUGUAUAUAUUCUUUGAUCGAUAUUGAGAUCAGAUGUUCACAACAUUUUGUGACUUUGAUUGCUUGUUUCAGAAAUCAUAACAUUGUGCUAAGAGAAUUAUUGUUUAAUGACUAAACAAUAUUGAGUAAUGGUGGAAAGUUUGUGGAAACAAUAAGAUACUGUAACUCACUAAUUACUUACCUGUGUGCCCUGCCCCUGCGGUUAAGUCACACAAUAAUUAUCUCAAUGUGUUACAGAAGAGAGUGAAAUGAAAUGUUAAAAUGUGUCAUAAAUGUGAAUUGUUAUGGUAAGCCUAAGGAAGCAGUGAAACUAAGUGUGUUAAGCAACUAUGCACAUAAUCUGUAUGGAACUUCAUGAUAUUAAAAUACUUAAUAGCAAUA